UUAAGUGCAAUACGCGUCAGGUCCGCAAUUGUUGCUGUUUUUAUUAUGCUGAAAAAGUGCAAAUAAUCUCGGGCGAAUCGCAUUUUGUAAUGUCCCGUGUGCGCCAGUAAUUGUUAAAAAUCAAUACUAUUGCCCAGUGCCGGCACCACAAAAUGUGAUCUGAACUUUCCCCAGCAAAACUUGGAGCAAUUUAUAAUUGGAUAAACAAGGCAAGACAAAUUUGCCCGAGAGCACGUCAUCAGUGACGCGUCUUUGUUGACUUCGUUCCGAUCCACUGAUAACCCAGAAGGGAGGAGCUGGGGAGCGGGAAAAGCUGAGAGCUGAGGCCGCACCCUAAACAAAGGAGAAGACCAGCAGCUGCAGCAGCAUAAUGCCGAUACUAUAUAGCGUUAUAUCGCGGGGUAGCACGGUGCUGGCCAAGUUUGCGGAGUGCGUCGGUAACUUUGCCGAAGUCACGGAGCACAUCAUCGGCCGCAUUGGGGUCCAUAACCACAAGAUGACAUAUAACCACGGCGAGUACCAGAUCCACUACACCUGCGAGAAUAAGCUGGUCUACAUGUGCAUCACCGACAACGAGUUCGAGCGAUCUCGUGCCUUCCUCUUUUUGGCAGAUGUCAAGCAGAAGUUCAUCCAAACGUAUGGCCUGCAGGUGGCCACGGCCAUCGCCUAUGCCAUGAACACCGAGUUCUCCAAGGUUCUGGCACAGCAGAUGGUAUACUUUAGUCAGUCCGGCGAGGUGGACACCAUUUCACGGGUCCAUGGGCAGAUAGACGAGUUAAAAGACAUAAUGGUUAAGAAUAUUGACAGCUUGCGUGACCGCGGUGAGAAAUUAGAACUGCUGGUCAACAAGACCGAAAACUUGAGUAAUAAUUCCGUUGCAUUCCGCAAGGCCUCGCGCAAUUUGGCGCGGCAAAUGUUUUGGAAGAACAUCCGGAUCUACGUAGUGGUGGGCCUGGUGAUAACAUUCAUCGUCUAUGUGAUCGUGAGCAUGGCCUGCGGCGGUCUCGCCUGGCAGUCCUGCGUCUAAGGGCCCGCUGGCCGCGUUGUUUAUAUUGUUAUAGGCUCCACAACACAUGUAUAUUUGCAUAUAAAGCUCUACAGUACUCUCAUUAUCUAUGUUCUAUGUAAUAAAAGUGAAUGUAUACAGGUUUAAA